CGAGUGACUCGCCCCAGCGGUGCAGCGGGGAGCCCUUGAGCCUGGGCUUGUGGCGGGGACAACGCGGGUGCUGAAGGGGUGCGGAGAGGCGGCUGCGCGGUGUCAGCCGCAGAGGCCGCUCGGGGAAGCGAGCCACCAUGUUCAACCAGCAGCAGCAGCAGCAGCUCCAGCAGUUGCAGCAGCAGCAGCUCCAGCAGCAGCAAUUACAGCAGCAGCAGUUGCUGCAGCUCCAGCAGCUUCUCCAGCAGUCCUCACCUCAGGCUGCGUUGCCCGUGGUCGUCAGCCGGGGGCUCCCUCAGCAGCAGCCACAGCAGCAGCUUCUGAGUCUCCAAGGCAGCAACUCGGCCUCCCUCCUCAACAGCUCUGUGCUACAGAGAGCUUUGCUUUUGCAGCAGUUGCAAGGACUGGACCAGUUUGCAAUGCCACCAGCCACGUAUGACAGUGCCGGUCUCACCAUGCCCACAGCAACAUUGGGUAACUUCCGAGGCUACAACAUGGCAACUCCGAGCCUGACCACCCCCAGCCUUACACCCCCUCAGCUGGCCACUCCAAAUUUGCAGCAGUUCUUUCCCCAAGCCACUCGCCAGUCCCUGCUGGGUCCCCCUCCUAUUGGGGUCCCCAUUAACCCUCCUCAGCUCAACCUCUCAGGGCGGACCCCCCAGAAACAGGCCCGGACCCCUUCUUCAACUGCCCCCAAUCGCAAGGAUUCCUCUUCUCAGACGAUGCCUGUGGAAGACAAACCAGACCCCCCAGAGGGGUCUGAGGAAGGCACAGAGUCCCGAGUGAGCACACCAGAAGACCAAGAUUCACUCCCCUGCCCUGAUGACAUCACUAAGGAGAAAUCCACUCCAGCACCUGAGCCUCGUGAGAUGUCUGAGCCGCCAGCCAAGAGGAUGAAGAGCUCAGAGGAGCCAUUAGAAAAGGGUCACCCAGGGCAGCCACAGGCAAAGGUCCAGCCACAGGCCCGGAUGACAGUACCGAAGCAGACACAGACACCGGAGCUGCUGCCUGAGCCCCUGGAAGCCCGAGUGCUGCCACGAUUCCAGCCACGGGUUUUGCAGAUCCAGGCCCAGGUGCAACCACAAACUCAGCCAUGGAUGCCACCUGUGGACACCCAGGUGCAGCCAAGGCUGCAGAAGCAGGCACAAACGCAGACCUCUCCAGAACACUUAGUGCUGCAGGAGCCGCAGGUGCCACUGCCACCGCUGCAGAAGGAGAUUGAACCCCAGAAGCAGACGCAGCCUCAGGUGCUGCCACAGGCACAUUCACAACCCCCAGAACAGGUGCAGCCACAGCUGCAGAAGCAGGCCCAGACGCAGACUUAUCCACAGGUACAUACACAAGCACAGGCAAGGGUCCAGCCACAGGAGCAGCCCCCAGAGCAUCCUUCAGCGCAAGUGCCAGUGCAGCCAUCAGAGCAGGCUCAUGGGCAGCCUGAGACCCAGCCGCAGGUGCCAGUGUUGGCUCCAGAGCAAGCACCAGCUCUGGUUCACAGCACAGCACCAGAGCCACCACCGGAUACAGUAGAAUCUGGAGGAGGCACAGAGGAGGCCUCGCCAGAGCCAGUGGGUGCUCAGGUCCACGUGGAAGAGAGCCAGGAGGAGGCAGCCAGAGGCCUGGAUGUGGGAGAAUGUGAAAAAAGAGCAAGAGAGAUGCUGGGGGUAUGGGGUGCCGGCGGCUCCCUGAAGGUUACCAUCCUGCAGAGCAGUGACAGUCGGGCCUUUAGCACCAUACCUCGCCCCGGCGACACCACCUCCACCAGCCCCACAGCUGCCAGCACACCCUCUAAGCAGACCCUCCAGUUCUUCUGCUACAUCUGCAAGGCCAACUGCAGUAGCCAUCAGGAGUUCCAGGACCACCUAUCAGAGGCUCAGCACCAGCGGCGGAUAGGGGAGCUCCAGCACAUGAGCCAGGCCUGCCUGUUGUCCCUGCUGCCUGUGCCCCGGGAUGUCCUGGAGAAAGAGGCGGAAGAGCCUCCAUCAAAGCGCUGGUGCAACACCUGCCAGGUCUACUAUGUGGGGGACCUGAUCCAACACCGCAGGACACAGGACCACAAGAUUGCCAAACAAUCCUUGCGACCCUUCUGCACCGUUUGCAACCGCUACUUCAAGACUCCUCGCAAGUUUGUGGAACACGUGAAGUCCCAGGGACACAAGGACAAAGCCAAGGAGCUGAAGACUCUGGAGAAGGAGAUAGCCAGCCAAGAUGACGACCAUUUCAUCACGGUGGAUGCUGUGGGUUGCUUUGAGGGUGAUAAAGAAGAGGAGGAUGGCGACGACGAUGAUGAUGAUGAAGAAGAGAUUGAGGCUGAGGAGGAAUUCUGCAAGCAGAUGAGAUCCAGAGAUACAGCCACAGAGGAGUGGAAGGGCUCAGAGACUUACAGCCCCAACACUGCAUACGGUGUGGACUUCCUGGUGCCCGUGAUGGGCUACGUCUGCCGUGUCUGCCACAAGUUCUACCACAGCAACUCAGGGGCACAGCUGUCCCACUGCAAGUCCUUGACCCACUUUGAGAACCUGCAGAAAUACAAGGCAGCCAAGAACCCCAGCCUUACAACCCGGCCUGUGAGCCGCCGGUGUGCCAUCAACGCCCGGAAUGCCUUGACUGCACUGUUCACCUCUGGCGGCCGCCCACCUGUCCCGCCCAGCACCCAGGACACAGCCAAAACUUCCAGCAAGGUGAUGGCCCGACCCUCCCAGCCCCCACCCCGGCGUUCAAGCCGCCUCAAAACCUGAACAAGGGGGCUCCCAGAGCAGUCUGCUAAUGAUCUUUAGGAUCUGCAUGGAAACUUUGAUAUGGUUCAUGUUUUUACUGAAAAUCCAAUAAAAGAAGGUAGUUUGGCUGUGCAGUCCGCACUAGCAGUGCUGUCUGGAUGGAUAAGGAAGGGGAAGGGGGACAUGUCAGUCACUCUCAGCCUUUCUGGGCAGUGUGGUGGCAGAACCAGAGGCUGAAGACAGGCUUCCUGGGACCAGGGAUUCUGGAUCACAAGAUAUUUGCCUCUUUGAACCUGAGUUUCCCUCUUAAUAUAUCAGGGCCAGGAGGCAUCUUCAAGUGGGAUCUUAUUUAAUGACCACAAUGACCUGAUCACAAUGACCUAGUUGGCAAUCUUGUUGUCCUUCAGUCACACACCAAAGCGGGGAGUGUCAGGAACUGACCCCACCAAAGCAAGUUUUCACGUAUCUCGUCAAGUGGGACAACCGAACCGAUUAGAACAAAUCACUGGUGGGGUCUGUCCCUGACCUUCCCCCACUGGUAUGCAACUUUAUUGACAUAUGAAGAAACUGAGAACUAGCCAGGUCAGGUGACAUGCUGCAGGCCAUGUAGCUGGUAAGUGGCCAGUUUGACCCUAGGCCGGAGCCUUGUCAAAGGCCUCUCUCUCCAGCUGCGCCCCAUGGAAGCUGAAGUACAGGAGCGUGGGUCCUCGCCACUCAGGCUCUCUGGCUCUGAUUUGUCGGCUCACCAGCUAGGGCCUGCCCCCCCAGGUCAGGAGACCCUAAGAUGAAUCACCGGUGAAUGGACCCAGGCUGAGUAGGCUCUUUAGUUCUGCUAUUUCUUCAGUGAGACAGACAACCAGAUCAGCCCUGCUAUUGGCCAGCUGGAGAGACAGGCCAAGAGUGGAAAAGUAAUGCCAAGGUUGCACAGCACAUCUUGGUGAAAGGCCCUAGAAACCCUGUCUUGAGAGAAUCCUACAAGGUCACACAGCAUGUCUGACCAUCUCAGCUGGGCUGCUGGCCUGCUGGGCUGGGAAGAGGUGCUGGCCAGAAAUGCACCACGUAGGGAAGAGGCCCUGACCUUACUUGCACCUUCUCGAUGCAAGAAAAGAGGCCCUGACCUUACUUGCACCUUUCUCGA